AUGGAACCAGGGAACCUCACGUGGGUAUCGGAAUUUGUCUUCUUGGGACUCUCGCAGUCUCAGGAGCUCCAGCUUUUCCUGUUUCUGGUGUUCCUAUUUGUCUACGCCACCACUGUCAUGGGAAACCUCCUCAUCAUGGUCACGGUGACCUCAGACUCCCAGCUCCACACGCCCAUGUACUUUCUGCUCCAAAAUCUGGCUGUCAUAGAUCUCUGUUUCUCCUCAGUCACUGCCCCAAAGAUGUUAGCGGACUUCCUCUCGGAGAAGAAGGCCAUUUCCUACCAGGGCUGCGUGACCCAGAUCUUCUUCUUCCACUUUCUGGGAGGUGCUAUGGUCUUCUUCCUCUCGGUAAUGGCCUAUGACCGCCUUGUUGCCAUCUCUCGGCUCCUCCACUAUGUUACCAUCAUGAACACUCAGCUCUGUAUGGGGCUGGUGCUGGCUGGCUGGGUGGGAGGCUUCAUCCAUUCUAUUUCCCAACUGGCUCUGAUGCUCCCUCUGCCUUUCUGUGGCCCCAACAUCCUAGAUAACUUCUACUGUGAUGUCCCACAAGUGCUGAGACUUGCCUGCACUGACACUUCCGUCUUAGAGUUCCUCAUGAUCUCCAACAGUGGGUUGUUGGAUGUCAUCUGGUUCUUUCUGCUCCUGAUGUCCUACUCAGUCAUCCUGGUGAUGCUGAGGUCCCACUCAGGGCAGGCGAGGAGGAAGGCAGCUUCCACCUGCACCACCCACAUCGUCGUGGUGUCCAUGGUCUUCAUUCCAAGCAUUUACCUCUAUGCCCGGCCCUUCACCCCCUUCCCCAUGGACAAGGCUGUGUCCAUUGGACACACGGUCAUGACCCCCAUGCUCAACCCCAUGAUCUACACCCUGAGGAACCAGGAGAUGCAGGCAGCAGUGAAGAGAUUAGGGAGACACUGGCUGGUUUGUAAAAGGGAGUGA